UUGGCCUGUGGGGGAGAGCUCCGUCAUGAAAUAAGCAGCCCAGCCUCAGCGCGAGCUCUCCGGGAUACAAAGGUGUGCGGAUCAAUCCGGGAAUCUCACCUAGUCCACGGGAAAAUAAAUCCGGAUUCUUAUCAGUAACCGAAUGAUGAGCUGCUGCCUCGCGGAUACGGCGAGCGCGUGAGAUCAGUGGGUAAUCGCGGAAGAAUUCGUAGGGAGGAUCGGUGAAUCGGUGAUAAGAUGGCGAACGAGUCCCCGGCGAAGAGCCUGGUGGAAAUAGACCUCGCCUCUUUGCGGGACCCCGCUGGGAUAUUUGAGCUGGUGGAGGUGGUGGGGAACGGAACCUACGGGCAGGUCUAUAAGGGUCGACAUGUCAAAACAGGACAGCUGGCAGCCAUCAAGGUUAUGGACGUCACAGAGGAUGAAGAGGAGGAGAUUAAGUUGGAGAUAAAUAUGCUAAAGAAGUAUUCCCACCAUCGGAACAUUGCCACCUACUACGGAGCAUUCAUCAAGAAGAGUCCUCCAGGACACGAUGACCAGCUUUGGCUGGUGAUGGAGUUCUGCGGUGCCGGAUCGAUCACAGACCUGGUAAAGAACACUAAAGGAAACUCGCUAAAGGAAGACUGGAUUGCGUACAUCUCUAGAGAAAUCCUCAGGGGACUAGCUCACCUACAUGCCCAUCACGUCAUCCACAGAGAUAUUAAAGGACAGAAUGUCCUGCUGACGGAAAACGCAGAGGUCAAACUGGUGGACUUUGGUGUGAGCGCCCAGCUAGACCGGACUGUUGGCCGUAGGAACACCUUCAUUGGAACGCCGUACUGGAUGGCACCUGAGGUCAUCGCCUGCGAUGAAAACCCUGACGCUACAUACGACUACAGGAGUGAUCUGUGGUCCUGUGGAAUCACGGCUAUCGAGAUGGCUGAAGGAGCUCCGCCUUUGUGUGAUAUGCACCCGAUGCGAGCGCUCUUCCUAAUCCCUAGAAACCCUCCACCCAGACUUAAGUCAAAAAAAUGGUCCAAGAAGUUUUUUAGCUUUAUUGAAGGCUGCCUGGUAAAAAACUACACCCAGAGACCUCCAACAGACCAGCUGCUGAAGCACCCCUUCAUCCGGGACCAGCCCAACGAGAGACAAGUGCGCAUCCAACUCAAAGACCACAUUGACCGCACUCGCAAGAAGAGGGGAGAAAAAGAUGAGACUGAAUAUGAAUACAGUGGCAGUGAGGAAGAGGAGGAAGAAACCCCAGAACAGGAAGGAGAACCAAGCUCAAUCGUUAAUGUCCCGGGCGAGUCAACCCUGCGGCGGGACUUCAUCCGCCUCCAGCAGGAGAACAAGGAGCGCUCCGAGGCUCUGAGGAGGCAGCAGCUCCUGCAGGAACAGCAGCUCCGUGAGCAGGAGGAGUACAAGCGCCAGCUGUUGGCUGAGCGACAGAAGCGCAUCGAGCAGCAGAAGGAGCAGCGGAGGAGGCUGGAGGAGCAACAAAGGCGUGAGCGUGAGAUGCGGAGGCAGCAGGAGAGAGAGCAGCGGCGGCGUGAGCAGGAGGAAAAGCGGCGGUUGGAGGAGAUGGAGCGCCGGCGUAAGGAGGAGGAGGAGCGACGACGGGCAGAGGAGGAGAAGAGGAGGGCAGAUCGGGAACAGGAGUACAUCCGUCGACAGCUGGAGGAGGAGCAGCGGCAUCUCGAAAUACUACAGCAGCAACUUCUGCAUGAGCAGGCUAUGCUGCUGGAGUUUAAGUGGAGGGAGCUGGAGGAGCAGAGGCAGGCUGAGAGGCUGCAGAGACAGUUACAGCAGGAGCAAGUCUACCUGCUCUCCCUCCAGCAGCCCAAACCCAGAACCCCUCAGCAGCCUCCAUCUGCAGCUCAGAAGAGCAGAAUCCCUCAGCAGCAGCAGCAUCCGCCACCUUCAUCCGAAAAGAGCAAGAAAGCUCCACCGGCACAGCACCGAGACAGUAGCAAAAAGCAGGAACACGCCCUAGCAGCAAAUCAGGACAGGUCUACAAUUCCACAGCUACAGCACUGUGCUGUGGACCGGACCGGAACCCCCCCAUUACCUCAACCGUCCCCACAGGACCGCGGAAGAAUUCCCCAGCUGCAGCCGAGCUUGCAGGAAACACCACUGCUGCAGCCUCGGCAUCUGGCCCAGCCGGACCGCCAGCUUUCGCCAAAAGUGACCCACGGAAUCAACAUCCAGCCAGUCCAAACACACAGCAUCCCCAACUCCCAGCCACAGCAGCCCACCAAGGAAGAGGGCCAGACCAACCCGGUGCCUCAGGCAGAACCUCGAGGACCAGACUCUGAGGAAGUUCCAGAGGCAGAUGAGCGGCACCGCAGGAAUGCGCAGGGCUCUCCGCAGGCUGCAGGGGCGCAGAAGCAGCCCCCCGCUGUGCCGCCGCGGGCCGAAACCUUCUCCAACGGGAACGCAUCCGAGCAAGCCCCGCCCGCCAUGCACCGCCCCAUGGAAGCACAGGUUCCGGUUAGAACCACGUCUAGGUCACCUGCGCUCUCCCAUCAAGAAUCCCCUCACCAGGGUGUCCCUCUGCAGCCUCACAGGAAUGCAGGAAGCAGUGCUGAUUCGAGGGCGCUGUGGGAGCGAGUAGAGAGGAUGGGCCCGCAGCCCGACAGUACCAGCAGCUCUUCCGGGUCCAGUUCCACUUCCAGCAAUUCCAACACUGGAUCCGGAGAGAGAUUCAGACCCCGCACCUCUUCAAAAUCAGAGGUUUCCCCGCAGUGGGAAAAGCAUGUAUCCAGAAAAUCAGAGGAGAGGAGGGAUUUGGGCCGGGCUGGGCCUAUGGUGGAUCUGACAGCGCUGGCCAAAGAGUUGCGUGCGGUGGAAGAUGUGCGACCUCCCCACAAGGUCACAGAUUAUUCCUCCUCUAGUGACGACUCUGGGACCACCGAUGACGAGGACGACGAGGAGGUGGAUCAGGAGGGAGGGGAGGAGUCGACUUCAGGCCCAGAGGACUCGCGUGUGGGCUCCUCCAGGCUGAGCAAUGGAGAGACGGAGUCGGUGGUCGUCCAUGAAGAUGAUGACGCCUCAUCCACUCCGUGCAAGGACAGCACGCUCGUGGUCCGACAGAGUUCAGGGGAUGUAAAAACAUUGCCAGUGCCGGGCUCAGCCUUUGGUUCUCCCCUUGUUGUGGGUCUGCAAGGCAUCCAGGACCGGAAUGGCUUUUUGGGCCGAAUUCACCUUCUGCCCGACCUGCUCCAGCAGAGUCAACCCUUUCCCCCAUUCUCCUGCCCCUCCACCCCCUCCUCAUCCCCUUGCUACAGCAGUCCCGCCAUGUCCCCCCUGUCACCCCCAGACAGAUCGUCCUGCCCCGUGGAGUCCUCCCAGUGGGACAAGGUAGUGGUAGUGUCCCAGUCCACCACAAUGCAGAAACAUAAGUCCUCCUCUUCAUUUACUCCCUUCAUCGACCCACGCCUCCUACAGAUCUCUCCAUCUACCGGCAGCGCACUCAACAACGUGGGUUAUGGAAAUGAUGCCCGGCUGCAGGAGGCCCUGAGGCAGGAUGCGUCCCGUAAAGGCUCUGUAGUCAAUGUCAACCCAGUAAACACCAGGCCACAGAGCGACACACCCGAGAUCCGCAAAUACAAGAAGAGGUUUAACUCAGAGAUCCUCUGCGCUGCUCUGUGGGGUGUUAAUCUGUUGGUUGGGACGGAGAGUGGUCUUAUGCUGCUGGACCGCAGCGGUCAGGGGAAGGUCUAUCCCCUUAUCAAUCGCCGACGCUUUCAGCAGAUGGAUGUGCUGGAGGGGUUAAAUGUGCUGGUGACCAUAUCAGGGAAGAAGAACAAAUUGCGAGUGUAUUAUCUAUCCUGGCUGAGGAACAAGAUCUUGCACAAUGACCCGGAGGUGGAGAAGAAGCAGGGCUGGACCACAGUUGGGGACCUGGAAGGCUGUGUCCACUACAAAGUUGUGAAGUAUGAGAGAAUCAAAUUUUUGGUUCUUGCUCUGAAGAACUCUGUGGAGGUGUACGCCUGGGCUCCAAAGCCUUACCAUAAGUUCAUGGCUUUUAAGUCAUUUGGUGACCUAGUACACAAACCCCUCUUGGUGGACUUGACAGUGGAGGAAGGCCAGAGGUUAAAGGUCAUCUAUGGCUCGUGCUCAGGGUUCCAUGCUGUGGAUGUGGACUCAGGAGCUGUUUACGACAUCUAUCUGCCCACACACAUCCAGAGCAGUAUUCAGUCCCAUGCCAUCAUCAUUCUGCCAAAUACAGAUGGAAUUGAGCUGCUGGUGUGUUACGAGGAUGAGGGCGUGUACGUCAACACCUACGGCCGUAUCACUAAAGACGUGGUGCUACAGUGGGGAGAGAUGCCCACAUCUGUGGCCUACAUCCGCUCCAACCAAAUCAUGGGAUGGGGAGAGAAAGCCAUCGAGAUUCGCUCUGUAGAGACUGGACACCUGGACGGAGUCUUCAUGCAUAAGAGAGCUCAGAGACUGAAGUUCCUGUGUGAACGAAAUGAUAAGGUUUUCUUCGCGUCAGUGCGUUCUGGAGGCUCCAGUCAGGUUUACUUCAUGACCCUGGGACGAACCUCCUUACUGAGCUGGUAGACACAGCUGCCGCAUGACGAGUCUCUUUACGACACCCAGAAAACCAACAACCACCACAAAACCGAGCGACGACUUCAUGAUUUGACAAGCAGAAGCUAAUCGGACAGCGUCCUCCUGCUUUGUGAGACAGACUGAAACAGAAACUGUACAGAAAACUUCAACUUAGACGACGAUUAAAAAAGGUGGGGUGAGGGGAGGUGGAGCGAGGCUGGAGAUUACAGUAUUAAUGCUAGUCUGUUUGUCCUUUUUAAUCUAGAAUCCCUGCUUGAGUGGCUGGUAGAGUGAAGCUGGAGUGAGUCUUUCACUAUGAAGAUAAAAAACAUGCUCUAGUGCUUUUUGUGUUUUUUUUUUUUGCCUGUAAGGAAGGUGUGGACGUGAACUUUGUUCACACUGUGGACAGGUUUUAGUGUGUGUGGGAUGGGCCUAGGACUAAGACCAUUUUAAAGAAUAUAUUUUCAAAAUUCUAAAUAUUAUUAUUAUUAUUAUUAUUAUUAUUAUUUAUUGUUAAUAUUCACUAAAUAUCCUGAGUUUUUUUUCUCCAAGGUUUGCAUGCCCUGUGUCCUGCUAUUUUAGCCACUUUAUAGCCUACAUUUUAUCAGAGCCCAAUGUGUCACCCUACUUUUGAAAGAACCAGAGAAAGGAACACACCUGGACAUAAAGUGAACUUAGCCAACGUUUAUGGUCAGCCCCUUUCUCUUGGUAUCUCUUUAUCUCUCUCUCUCCUCCCUCCUUCUCACCCCCUCUCCCUCUUUCUUUUUUCCUUUCACUUUAACUAUCUCCCCUCUCUCCCUUUCUCCCCUCUUCACUCCAUCUUUCUCUCUGUCUCCCUCUUUCUCUCCCCCCUCUCUCUCUCUCUGUCUCCCUCUUUUUCCCCCUCUCUCCCUCACUCUCGUUCUCUGUCUUCCUUUCUCCUCUCUCUCAACUUUUCUCUCUCUCUCUCUCUCUCUUUCUAUCUCUCUCACUCCCUCUCCCUGUGUCUCUUUCUCUCCCCCCUCUCUUCUCUUUACUCUAAUGAUCUCUCUCUCCCUGUUUCUCCCCCUUUCUCUCUCCUCUUCACUCUAACUCUCUCUCUUCCUCUUUCUCCUCCUUUCUCUCACUUUCUCUCUCCUCUUCACUCCAACUCUCUCUCUCUCUUUCUCUGUGUCUCCCUCUUUCUCCCCCUCUCUCCUCUUUACUCUAUCUCUCUCUCUCUCUGUCUCCCUCUUUCUCCCCCCUCUCUCCCUCUCUCUCCCCUUUACUCUCUCUCUCUCUUUCCUCCUCUCUUGCUAUUUCUCCUCUUCACUCUAACUCUCUCUUUUUCUCUGUCUCCCUCUUUCUCCCCAUCUUUCAGCCUAUCUCCUCUUCAGUCUCUCUCUUUCUAUCUCCCUCUUUCUCCCCCUCUCUCCCUCUCUCUCCUCUUCACUCUGUCUCUCUCUUUCUCUGUCUCCCCCUCUCUCUCUCUCUUUCUCACUGUGUUGGAAAUUAUAUACCUGCUGUGAAUAAGUGUUAUGAAAUCAAACAGAAUUGUUUUGAAUUAUUUAUUUGAUUUUUUGCCUUUGAUUUUCUUCAGAUGUAUGCGAUGCAAGUUGGAAUGUGGUAUGAAAUACUGUUCUGUGGUUAACGUUGAAAUGAAAGGCAUGGAUCCACUUGUUUUUCUUCCCGAAAAUGUUCAGCAGUAUAACUACAGCGACUGAGCCUGUCCGAUCGAUUCUGGUGUACGUGAUUUUGAGAUUAUGUUCAGUGACUCGGUUCAGCGGCGUGGGAAAUAGGAUUUUUACUUCUUCGUUACAGUUUAGUUGUUUUUCUCCAGUGUUGUAAAUAUUUAUCAGGUUAUUUCAGAGCUUCAUGGUGUGUGUUUUUGCGGAUGUGGACAGUUGAUAUGAACACUGAACACGGACAGCAGUAUGAGCAGUGUCCGCUGGUUCUGAAUACCAUUUACUUUGUGUUUUUACACCUCUGUGGAGAGCAGUAUCCAAGCCAAAACCUCCAGUGGCAGUCCUGUACUGCCUGCUUAAGGCUGCACAUUGCGUUUUAUUGCUACAGAUUGCAUUUCAUUAAUGAAUAAUUGGAGCGGAUUAUGGAUGGAAGUAUUAUGUGUUCACCUGUUCUCUCGCAUCACUUCUUUCUGCAGCUUUAUUUCCUCUGCUCUUUAAUCUAGCCUCUGAAUUAAUGAUCUGUAAACAGGUAUAGUGAAGUUACUACAUCAACAUUUUUUUUUGUGUUCGACAGUUGAACCCCGCCUGCUGUCUUCUGCAUGUCGUAAAGACAAACGCAGUAUUGGCUGAAAUACGUUGAUGCGUUUAAAUGUUCAGAAAAUCAGUUUCUGUUCAAUGAGCUGGCUUUUGGUUCUGAAACUGUACUCGUACGUGCGUAUUAGGUAAACCUUUGGAGCUGCGUGAUUGGACGACCCCUCCUGUGUUUUUAUGAUUCUUCUGUCCGACCAAUUCUGACAUUUUCAUUUUUCUUCUACUUUUCAAACUACCGACCACCAAUACACAUUCAUACACUACACACUUUUCCUUUUUUGAUUCUUCAUAUGAUUUGUUUUUGCAGUAAUAGGUAUUAAUUUUUGGGGAGUUAAUUAACCUUAAUAUUUUGCUUUAUGCAAACAUAUUGCUGCUUUGCAUAUAAGAACACCAACAUGAAAAAAAAUAAAAAUUGUGCUGAAGUGACAAAUUUAAAAACACCAGAACCAGUGUUAAGAAACCACUACAUGAAAAAGACAAACAUUUCUGGGCUUAUGUUUAGGAGCUUUGGGUAUUUUUUAACUCCAGACAUAGUUAAGAUGCUUAACCAUAGAUGGUUCUGUAUUUUUCUUUUUUUUUUUAUUCCUCAUUCAAUUCUAUGACUAUGACCUAAUCUAGUGCUCACGUAAUAUAAUGCUGACCUAUUGAGAAUGUUUAUGGAGACGGAGGUUUCUUACACUAAUGUGCAUCAAUAUUAUAUUUCUGUUAUCUCACAGAAUUCUUUGCUUUUUUCUAUCAAACAUUUUUUUUGUCAGUAUUUGUCUGCUGUUAUUAUAAGGAUAAUCGUUCAGGCAGCAAUCUCUCAGUGGUGUGCUGACCUUUCAGAAAUGUUCCCGGCUGAUUGGAUGUCUGUGUUUCAGUCGUGGCACUGUAUCGUUCAUCCUCUGUGUAUGGCAGGAAGUCCUGUAUUUUCCUGAUGGUCCUUUGUUUUUCUUUGGAAAUAAACCCCUAAAGUAAUUUAA